GCCCCAGUAAUUCGUGAGCCUCUAUCACGUUCUGUUCAGUUAUCUGAACGCCAAGUAUUCGAUUUGUAAAUUAAAUACCACCAAGUGCCUUGUACCCCUCCCCCAAUCAGUCCAUAUCUUACCCACAAUUCUUGAAAUCUUCACCAGCGUGGAAUACAACAGUUCACCAAGAUAAAGUUAAUUUAUCAUUCAUCCUGUUAAAAAAACGUUGAGAUGGCGGAUGAAGCACACGAGAACGGUACCAGUAAUGGGGACGUUCCAGAAAUUGAACUAAUAAUCAAGGCUUCGACGAUAGAUGGACGACGAAAAGGUGCCUGUCUCUUUUGUCAAGAAUACUUCAUGGACCUGUACUUGCUCGCUGAACUGAAGACAAUUUCCCUGAAAGUUACAACGGUCGACAUGCAGAAACCACCGCCAGAUUUUCGCACCAAUUUCCAAGCAACUCCCCCGCCUAUUCUGAUCGAUAACGGUGACGCCAUUCUUGAGAAUGAAAAAAUCGAAAGACAUAUAAUGAAGAACAUACCGGGUGGGCAUAAUCUCUUCGUUCAAGAUAAAGAGGUGGCAACACUCGUGGAGAAUCUGUUCACUAAAUUGAAACUUCUGCUUGUAAAUGCUAAGGACAAAGACAAAGACCCGAAAUCAUCGUCGUUAAUGGCACAUCUACGUAAGAUUGAUGAGCAUUUGGGACGCAAGGGAACAAGAUUUUUAACUGGCGAUACUAUGUGCUGUUUUGACUGUGAACUAAUGCCUCGUUUGCAGCACAUCAGAGUCGCUGGCAAAUAUUUUGCCGACUUUGAGAUACCAGAGACACUGGUGAACUUGUGGAGAUACAUGCACCACAUGUAUAGACUAGAUGCAUUCCUGCAGAGCUGCCCAGCUGAUCAGGAUAUCAUUAAUCAUUAUAAAUUGCAACAGAGCAUGAAAAUGAAGAAACACGAAGAGCUAGAAACACCGACAUUCACCACCAGUAUCCCCAUCGAGAUCAACGAUGACUAGACCAUCCCCCAACUAAUUUGAGCGAACGAGAAAUUAUAUCAGAGAAGCUGGGUCUUCUUUUAAUCAUUGCAUCAGUAUAUGUGGCUUGAUGAAGUAACUUAAAAAGUAUGUAGUAAGGCAAAAGUAUAAACUAUCAUUAAAAGCAAAAAUUAGGGGAUGAUUCAGUUGAACUAUCAUUGUUUUGUAAUAGCUUCGAUGCAGACCAAUGCUUCUCAUUUUUUAGGCUUUGAAAGAAAAUAACAAAUAAGUACGCAAUUUGGCCACGAUACUAGACGUCUUUUGUAGGGGUUUUACAAUUGUUAAACCUAGGAUGUAUUUUCUAAAAUAACUUUUGUAUAUUGAAAAAUGUAAGAUUUUGAAUUUUUACUGCUGAAAAUCGAGAGAACAAGCGCGCUCUCUCUCUCCGUUUCUCUAAAUGGGGCAUAAUAAACCACUGAGGGGGGAGUAAUUCACAGACAUUUUUGAUUGCCAAUUGACAAUCAAUGGUGAGAAAAUCCUGAAACCUUCAAGUUUUCUCUUUUUCUCCGCUUUAUUUUUGUAAAAGAAUGAUGUUAAGGGCUGGUGAAACGAGAAAAGUUGGGAUAUCAUUUGCAAAAAGAAUGAGAUAUUGGAUUUUUUGAGAAUUGAAAUUAAAAAAUAUUAAAUUAAAUUAUAUUAUUUGAUGGAUCAAUUAAUAUUUGGCUUUCACCAUUGAUUCUGGACCUUUCAUACUUGACACUCCACACUUUUAACAAUACACGCAUUUCACCAGUCCCGCUAUUUUCUUCAUCCUAUUCAAGAAAUUUGAACUUAUUAACAAACUUUUGGCAUUUUUUCGGCAUUUAACUAUUAUUGUUUCUCCAUUAUUUUUUGUUUAAUUACUUCAUUUACCUAGGAAUACGUAUCACUGCUCUAUUAAAAAACAGAAUCGGUCAAAUGCAUUAAUUUGAGGUUCAUACGAAUGUAUUUUUCAUAACUUGUCUUUAUUUGUUGGAACGAAAAGACAAUUGGAGGAACUGAACAAUUUGCAAUUUGAGAAUUAAGUUCUCAACUCAACAAAUCACACAAAUUCCUCCUUUGUUAUCGAUUGUACUUAUGUUAAAACUGAAUGCAAUCAUUUUUGUUAAUCAUCAAUGCAGAUUAAUGCCUAUUUUUCUUUUCGUUUCUAUGAACUGAGUAUUCUGAAAAUCAUAGUGAGUCUUUUACGAAAAUAUAAUAUACUUGAGACUAGAGCUAUUUCUGUAUCACUAAUUAUUAUUAUUUCACAUAACCACUUGGUUUAUACACUUCAAUAAAAAAUGAAUCGAAAUUA